AAACAACAACCCUUCAGCAAUCCGGCACUGUACGCGCUCUUGUACGAGGAAGCUUUGGACCUGUUACAAAAAAUAGUGGAUGAUUAUAAAGAAGGGUUGGGUCGUGAAAAUAUGAAAUGUUGUUAUUCUUUGAAUCUUCCAACCAGUUGGGAUUAUGAAAUAAAAGAAGAAUUGUUCCUGCCUCUGUUCGUAAAAGCUGGUCUUCUCCAUGAAAAUGAUGGUCCGGGCAGGCUGGUGUUUUGUUCAAUGUUAGAGUUAAGCUUUCAAAACAUGCAGAUGGAAACAUACCAACAUAAUGCUAGAGACAUAAAGUAUAGUGAUCAGCGCGUUAUGUGUACAAUAGACUAUCAAGGUACAUACUCCGUGGAUUUGAAAUUGGUGUCAGCUCAAUACCCUGCUUUCAGAUUAUCAAAUAGAGAAUUGGUGCCACAGUUGUUGAAACAAGCUCAUUUUGUAGUCCCGUUUGGACUAAAGGAACUACAAUCGUCAUUAAUAGCAUGUGUAGAAAAGCAUUGUGAUACUACGUUAUCGUCAAAAUUUGUCAACGACAUGCUUGAAAAACUUCGUCAAAAGUACGAUGAAUUUGCGGAUUACAGAAACAUGUAUAGAGUUCUCAACGAACAGCCAUUGCCAGACUUGAAAUCUCGCUGGACGAAUAAAUCAAUCACUUUAGGGGACAUACUUGGACAUUUUUCAGGUUUUGUUGAAAAACUCUUUAGAAAUGAAGUAGAUAAAUUUCUUGUAGGCAGGAGCAAUAGAGUACCCAGACCAUUGGACAUUUUUUACACAAGUCGAAUCCCAGAAACAUUUUUAACCCUAGGGAUAAUCUCAUCAGUUAAUUGUUGGUCGAAAAAGUAUUUCAGGGAACUAAACGAAUUUUACAUAUCCGCGGAACUCGGUGAUGGUUCCCCCAUAUUCCAACUCUCUGACUAUCGUAGCCGAAGAAAUGCAAUUGAAGGGCUUCUACUGAACCGAAUGGAAGAAUUUAACGUGCGUAGAAACCCAAUUAUACUAUCCAACGAAACAACAAUCGAAGAACCUAAAAGUUGCUUAAAGCCUAUUAUCUUCAUCAAUAUCGGUAAAUUGACUCCUUAGUAGUAUCGGCUUCGUUUUUAACCUGACCUAUUUUGAAACCAAACAGACUUAUCGCCUGCACAAAUCCAAACCGGCUUUACAUACUUAGAUAAAGGUAGACAAGUUGUACAGAAGCAAAAUAUUGAAUGGUAAAGGUGU